CUGGAAUCUUAAAAAUGGACAAGCACUUAGAUUCAACUUCUACGUCACAUUUGAAGUAUGAAUUGUUGAAUUCCCUCGAUGGCAUUUUAAGAAUGUCGUGUGACCUUUGUCUCAUAGAAUUUACAGCAUUGAAAAGAAAAAAAACAUGUAAAAUUUGUGGCUCAAUACAAUGCUCAAGUUGUUUACGAUACAAAACAAAGUCACACAAACCAAUAUGCAUCGACUGUUACUACGAUAGUAUAAAUGGGAAUAAUCCUAAUGGGAAAACUGAUAAACUUGCCUCCCCAAGGUGUAAAACAGAAGAUAAAAAUUGCAGUGAGAAUUGUAAAGUCCCAUCAAAUCGUGGUGUAAAGACGGAUGAUAUCAUAAAAAGGCUAGAAGCACUCAAGGUGCCUAGAACUGAAGUAAAAGAAAACGUCGCUAACUUGGAGUCGCGUUUACAACAACUCAAAGGAUUGACAAAUAAGAAGCCUUCCUGUUCGAUAAAUACCUCAAGGAAAGAGGAAGAUGAAGUUACUAGGAUUAUAAAGCAGGGAUUUGGUUGAUUGGUUACAGGAUUUCAUCAUGAGCUGACAUUGGUUAGAGAACCAUUGGAAAACCUGGGAGUACUGGACAGCUGUUUCGUCCUAGUUUGGGACUCUUCAGCAGUACGCACCCAGCGGGGUUCCAAACCAGGACCUUCUGGUUCCAUUUUUUGUUUUUGAUUGCAUACUAUUCCUCUUCAUUACUUUUCUCCUUUUUAAGUUUUUUUUCAAAGCCUACUUACUACUAUCGAUGUAAUCCAGUCUGUUGAAUGUACAUUGCGUAAUAUCGGUGGUGACCCUCAACUACUGUUUAGGUCUGCUAUUAUUGAAUUUCUUUUCAGUUCAAACUUCAACAAGAGGUGGGGGGGGUUGUGUACACCGUUAUCCAUUUGCAAUUAAUAGUGUUCUCUGAGCUGGUUGGUUUAGUUGCGGAGAUUUCGUCGUCCUUCUGGACAACAUCCCCAUUUAGCGCAAUAUUUAGCAUAAAGUGAAAUGAUUUAAAUUUCAUGAGUGAUAGAAUUGUGUCUCCCGGUAACCACCUUUAUAUAUGUAUUGACCAUUUUCUAUUGACUUGGAUUUUAAACUUUCUGAUCACAUGAUUUACUUUUUAUUAGUUGGUAUAUUUGGUCUAUAUUAACGUGUUUGUUAAUCGCAUACUCGUUUGAGUACCAGGUUUCUAGGAAUUCCCUGGCACUUUUGGUGUCUCCUCUGUCUAAGAUUUCGACAUUAUCCCAAUCAAACUGGUUUCCAUAAUUGUCUAUAUGCAUUGAUACUAAAGAAUAUAUAUAUCGUGUCUUUUCACGGCUGAUUUGUGUUCCUGGAUUCUGAUUCAAAGGAGGCGCCCACUUUGACCGAUGUAAUGUCUGUUACAGCUCAUACAAUUUAUUAUGUAAAUGGUAUUAAUUUUAUCUCUUUUUUCUGUUGGAUCUUUUGGUUUGCAUAAUAUCGAAUUAAGUGAUUGUUCUGGCUGGCUUAUGUGCAAUAUCUAUUUCAAACGGUUUCAGUAUUCUAGCUGUUAUUUCAGAGAUAUUUUUCAUGUAUGGUGGGAUGAAUUUUCUUCUGGUCUUUGAUGGUGUUUUGAUUCGACUUUAAACACUUUUUGAUGAAAUUUUGUGGAUAACCAUUCUUUUUGAAGACGGUUAGUAGGUAUUUUUCUUCCAUUCUUUCAACUCUGGAGUGCUACAGUGUGUUUGAACUCUUUUAAACAAUGUCUGCAUACAGUUUCGUUUGUGAGCAAUUGGAUUAUUGCUAGUAUAGUUGAGUAUUUGAUCUGUGUGUUGGCGUUGAUUUUCUAUAUACUUGUGUUUCUAAAUCUCCUGUGUUAGAUAUCCUGAUUAAGACCGUUAUCGAUUGUUGGGAAAUUUGUUGUUUAAAUUAGUUUGUAAGGGAAGUAAAUGAAAUGCGUUUUUAAUGAACAUGUGAUAAGAUUCAGGAAUGAUAAGAGAGGGGUUGAAAAUAUAAGUAAGGGGUGGUGUGGAAGUCAUUAGUUGGCUAUAUCUUAGUAGGCCAAGGGAGGGAUAUUGGUUGUACGAACUUUUUUUUGAAUGCAUAGUUUAGGUUUAAUAGUUCGAAUGCCUAUCGCCUCAGCUGUGUGCAGUAGACGAAUACGAAGUCUACGCUGGAGUCCCAAACUAGGACGAAACAGCUGUCCAGUACUCCCAGGUUUUCCAAUGGUUCUCUAACUAAUGUCAGCUCAUGAUGAAACCCGGAAUACGAAGUCUGUUGGAGAGAUUCGGUGGGGGUGCGAUGAACUACCUUGAGAGCUGUCGUUUUCUUCACUACAUGGCCACUGUCAACUAAACUAGUCACUGAAAUUUUCUUGUGUAGAUUAGAUGUAAGUGAAUUGUCAAUAAUAAUUUCUUCAGAAUGCUGUGUAGUUGUAAAACUUUGUUGUUCUAUGCGGUGUGUCUACUACUGACUGAAUACUCUUCACACAACCGAUGAGUGCUUUGUUAUUUUAUUUGAACUAACUACGUUAUACUUUUCAUCAUUGUUUUAGAUUUAAAACCAUAUAAGUAGUAGUAGUAGUCGUAUUUCGAGUAAAAUUAAAAGGAAUGAAGAUUCUUAUCAACACUUACACAGAGGAAGCAUUGCUGGAUAAAAAGUGUGGAAUUACUUUGCCUGAAGAAGAACAGAUAAGUGAUAUACCCACAAACGAUUAUGAUCCUUGGUGUUGUAUGUGUGAUGAAGACGCUAACAUGAUGUGCCAAGAAUGCGAUGACUACUUCUGCAAACGAUGUUUUAAUAAAACGCAUAAUAAACGAGAAAGAGCUGAACAUCGAACAGAAGUUUGUAAAUCAACUCGUUAAAGAAAAAGUAGCUUUGUCAAUCACAGCACCAAAAUCACACCCCUUAUAAUUCAAUCAAAACUAAGCGUUUUUCAUUUGAAAAUCAGCAGAAAAGAAGAUCAUUCACCAAAUCACAUUUAUAAAACAAUCUCUAUUUAUGUAAAUACUUUACUUAUUUACUUUUCUUCUCAACAGAACUCUUGUUUGAAUUUAUUUAAUUUCCUAUCGGCGCUUGAUUUGAUUUCACAGUAUUUCCCUGUUUAGUUUCUAUAAAAUUAACUUUUAAUUAGUCGUAAUGAUGUUAAUAAGAUUUCUGUUGAUUGAAAAUUUAAGCUUUUUUGUUAUUGUUACAUUGUCUGUGUGUGUGUGUGUAUAUAUAUGUGAGGCG